GGGGGGGUGUUUCCAUAGCAACCAGAGGGAGCCUAGCCCAUGUCUUACAUAGAUAAGCCUGAAGCCUGUACAACUCUAGGCAGGAGAGGCCCCAACCUUGACUCAGCAAAAAACGGAGGGCUCAACUUAACUCAGUGAAAUAAGGCCGCAAAGGUUAUAAACAUGUAUUUGAUCUGCACCAGGAGAGUGCUAAAUAUUGUGAGCAUAUUUUUUACAUAUAUUAGAAAAGUUGCUUAAAUAUAUUUUUUGAUGUGUGUAUUUUUGACAUGUGUUAGGAGAGUUUCUGUUAUAAACAUUUUGUUUUUAACUUGUAUUAGAAGACUUUUAAGUGUGUGAUAACUUUUUGUGAUGCAAAUUAGUGUACAAGUUGACACAUGACGUGACGUAGACAGAUAAGGAGAGUAUAAAAACUGGCGCUGUAGAUUACUCAGUGCCAGGUGUGUGGAUUGGAGGCAGCCAAUCCACUGCAGAACGCCACCCUGGCGACGGGUGGACUCAGAAGCUGUAGGUAGCUAGUCUUAAAGCAAACGCCAAGCUAAAGGUACCCAGCUGAGGCGAGUCCAAGACGUGGACGGUAACCAGCCCUGAUGCAAGCAAAGAAAGUCAACGCUAGCUGCACAUUUUAUCAAGGCAACCUUCAGAGACAGGGACCCUUGGGAAGCCACGCUGACAAGGCCGCAGAUCGGUGACCCCGCUCGUCUGAUCGCCCGGGAGACCCCUGACUCCUUCCCCGAGGAGACAUGGAGCCCCAGGGGCUGCUGGGAGCGGGGGGAGAGGCCGGGAUGCAGGGGCUGCUGGUGCCCAGCCCGCAGAGCGAGGCCGUCGCCCACGAGCUGGAGGAGCUGUCCCUGCAGCCCAGCCAGAACCUGCCGCCCCUCAACGAGCGCAAGAACGUGCUCCAGCUCCGACUGCAGCAGAGACGCACCCGGGAGCAGCUGGUGGACCAGGGCAUCAUGCCUCCUCUGAAGAGCCCCGCGGCCUUCCACGAGCAGAUCCGCAGCCUGGAGAGGGCCCGGACGGAGAAUUUCCUGAAGCACAAGAUCCGGAGCCGUCCGGAGCGCUCGGAGCUGGUCCGCAUGCACAUCCUGCAGGAGACCCUGGCGGAGCCCUCUCUCCAGGCCACGCAGCUCAGGCUGAAGAGAGCUCGCCUGGCCGAUGACCUCAACGAGAAGAUCGCCCAGCGGCCGGGGCCCAUGGAGCUGGUGGAGAAGAACAUCCUGCCUGUGGACUCCAGCGUCAAGGAGGCCAUCAUUGAUCCCGCAGUCGGUCAGGUGAACUUCCCCAAGACACUGGACGUGUACACGUUCGACGAGGACAGCAGCGACGCCUUCUCCCCCGAGCAGCCGGCCAGCCAGGAGUCCCAGAACUCAGCCGCGUCCCCUGGGGAGGCCAAAGUGGUCGAGGCCUCGUCCCCGCUUCCAAACUCCACCCUGCAGUACUACCCUCUCAUCUCCCAGCCCACACCGCAAGACUUCCUCAAGCCUGUGUCCACCAAUGAGCCGCCGAUUAAUCGCCAGCCGGUCGCCUCUCAGCCAAUCACCACCACUGCGCCUUCAAAGCCGGGGCCAACCCUUGUGAAGCAGAGCCAGCCCAAGCUGCCCGGAGACAAGAGCCGCAGCAAGAAGGGCAAGGAGGCCAAGCCGCGGGUGAAGAAGCUCAAGUACCACCAGUACAUCCCCCCGGACCAGAAGCAGGAGCCCAGCGAGGCGCCCAUGGACUCCUCCUACGCCCGCCUGCUGCAGCAGCAGCAGCUCUUCCUGCAGCUGCAGAUCCUCAGCCAGCAGCAGCAGCAGCACUACAACUACCAGGCCAUCCUGCCCGCCCCGCUCAAGCCGGUGGCUGAGGGGCAGAGUGCCCCUGCCAACAGCACGUUGCCCACCUCCAUUGUGGUGUCGCUUCCUACAGCUGCCCCAGUGCGGCCCAACAGCACGCUGACCAACCGCAAGCCCGGCCCGCUGCCCGCCAACCUGGAGGAAAUGAAGGUGGCAGAGCUGAAGAUGGAGCUGAAACUGCGGGGUCUUCCUGUGUCCGGGACCAAGACGGACCUCAUCGAGAGGCUCAGGCCUCACCAGGAGGCCUCCAACGGCACAGCGCCCCCCGCUGGCCCCGCAGUCAGCGCCCUGCCUUCUGUUGCCAUGGAGGUGACGGCCUCCCCGGGGGUCCAGCAGCUGCCCGCCGUCCAGCAGGCGGCGCCGGAGAGCAUGAACUCCACGCCCCCGGUGUCGCCGGUGCCCUCCGAUCUCUCCUGCAUGAACUCGGAGGAGGCGGGGGGGGCGGCGGAGGGCUGUCGGCAGGCCCCACCCGGGGCGUCGCCGCGCAGGCCGGUCCCCGAGGAGAAGGACCGGCGCCUCCACGAGAAGGAGCGGCAGAUCGUGGAGCUGAUGCGCAAGCUGGAGCAGGAGCAGCGGCUGGUGGAGGAGCUGAAGAUGCAGCUGGAGGUGGAGAAGAGGAGCCAGCAGGGAGGCGCGCCCCCCUCGCCCGGCGCCCCUGCCCCCGUGAAAGAGGAGAGCCGGGUGUCCUCGAGCUGCUCGGCCCCCUGGGCCCCGCCCGCCGCGGUGAAGCAGGAGGACGCUCUGGCCCCCGCCCCGCCGGCCCAGCUGCCGGCCGCCGCCGGCCUGCCGCAGUUCUUCAUCAGCUCCCAGCAGGUGCCCCAGACCCUGCUCGCCGCCCAGCCGGGCACCCAGAUCCUGCUGCCCGUCUCCCUGCCCGCCGCCGCCACCAUCCAGCUGCCCGGCACUGGGGUCAGCCUGCAGAAGCAGCCAGUGCUCCAGGCUGCGGUGUCUCCUCAGGCCCAAAGCCUGAUCCAGGCCCCUGUUACCCAGCAACCUCAAAAAGCAGAGACCCCUGCACCACAGGAGCUUCCCACACAGAACCACCACAUGGGAAAGGCCUUUGCCGUGUGCGCCACGUCCGCCCCCGGGUUCCAGUACAGCCCCGGCCAGAACCAGGUGGGGGCCGAGAUCACCCAGUGUUUCCUGAACAGCUCCCCGGAAAGCAGGCCCCCUCCCCGGGCCUCCCCCAGCCAUUCCCUUCCUAAUGGGCCCAAGAACAAGCCCCCUUCCCCCUCCCAGUCCACCUUCAUUAUCCAGCCAAACGCCUUCGCUAGCCACGCCCCCAAGAGCAAAGACCCGCCCCGCUACGAGGAGGCCGUCAAACAGACUCGCAGCCUGCAGACUCCGGCCCUCACGCAGGUUCCCACAGCAACCAGCCAACAGAUGGACGACCUAUUCGACAUACUAAUCGAGAGUGGAGAGAUCCCGCCCUUCAUCCGGCAGGACACGCCCUCCUCGGCCAAGAUGCUGCCGGUGACGGCCAGCAUCACCACGCUGCCGGUCAACACGGUGCUGUCGCGGCCCCCGCCGCAGGUGCAGGUGGCACCGCCCCCCUCCCUGGCCCUGGACUCCGCCCCCACCCUGGCCACCCUGGCCUCCGACAACCAGCUGGAGGCCUUCCUGGAGGGCACGCUGGCGGGGGAGGGUGAGCCGCGAACGCUGGGUCUGAUGGAGGAGCUGCACUGCCAGCUCCUGGAACAGCCCCACUCCCCCAUGGACACGACGGAGCUGUCGUUCGCCGACGGCCCGCCCCCCACCACCUUCGACCUGCACGACGGCGCGCUGGACAACAUGGAGUGGCUGGACCUCACCAUGCCGGGCCCGGCCGGCGGGCUCAACCCGCUGGGCAUUUCCUCAGACUUCCUGGACGGCCACGACCUCCAGCUGCACUGGGACUGAGGGACCGGAGGGGGCGGGCUUUGCGCCCGGCCGGCCACGCCCUCGGAGGCCGCCGCUGGAUCUCCCGCACAAGAACGCCUGCGCUCUCGCCCACGAGCGCCUCCCCUGGCUGGGCCUGGAUGGGGGCGGGCUCUGUACAGGAAGCCCCCUGCAGGGGGCGGGCUCUAGACAGGAAGUCCCCUGCAGGGGGCUGGCUGUAGACAGGAAGUCUCCAGCAGGGGGUGGGCUCUAGACAGGAAGUCCCCAGCAGGGUGCGGGCUAUUGACAGGAAGCCCCCAGCGGCUGGCCCAGGGGCGGGGUGCUCUGCCCUGCCCUGUCCUGAUAGGUCCACUAGACAGGGUUGUUCCACCAAAGGGGGCCAUAUCCUCUCUCCUAGAGAUCCCAGUAGGCUCAAAAUGGGAGCGUGAGCAGGGCUGGGAACAUUGUGUGGCAGCAUUUUUGUCUCCUGUUCCCACUUUUCCCCUGAGGGGUGUUCAUCAGUACAGCCCUAAUCAUUCAGAUGGAUCUGCCCUCCUCGGGGCCCGAGGGCACGGCUGUGCUUCUGCUCUCUCCGCCGGUGCCAAGCAGAACUGGGCAUGCCGUCAAACAGAUGGGAUCUCUCUAUCUCCCCCAUCUCUUUAUUUCUGGCCCGAACCGAGCGCUGCCUCCUCCUCUCGAGCCUGGAGACCGCAGCCCCUCCUCCCUCCCCCCCCCCCCCCCCCCCUUCCUUCUACCAAUGACGGCUCGCCGAGACAUAUGGGACUGAUAUUAGCUUAAGCAGGGAGGGCUUUUAAACACAAACUGUCCUUAAGAGACUUCGCCCUGGUGACUGUGAUCUGCUUCACGGCGCUCCGAGCGCAGAGAGCAGCGGUUGGUUGCGUCCGCGGGGCUGUGGUUCAGCGGCGGCGCGCUACAUAGCGCUCCCCUGGCUGUGUGAACCACCGCGGGGCUGUGGCAGGGGUGACGGAUGGCUGUUGUUUCUUAGCUCUGCGAAAUGGCUUUCCUCUGAUUGCGGCAGGUUUGUUUCCGAACAUACCUCAAUCAACACGGCAGACAUUAUGGCUCUGAGCUCGCUGGUUUACCUCCUGUCUUUUGUUAUUCAUUGGCAGGAAACCUGGGGGAAGGGGGAGCCUUUGCCAGUGCUUAGUACAAGGGAAUAACGGCAGAGGAGGAUAGGUGGGGGCUGGGAGACUUGGUUGAGACUCGAACAUUGAAACGGUUGUAUAUUCUUUCGCUUGUUGUCGCAUAUCUCUGAAGCAAAUUAUGUUCAUGCUAUUUUUUUAUCCAUUUAUUUUUUAUCCAUUUAAACUCCAGGGUUUGCACAACUCUACAACAUUUUGAGGGGAAGGCAGGCAAUUAUUCCAUAAUCUUUGCGAAAACACUUUUGUGUCACUUGUGCUCUCAUUACACGUCAGGUUUUAAGGGAAUCUAGUGAUAAGUGCUAUGUCCUUUUUUCAUUUCCUCACGUGAUGUGAAAGACAGGGACUGCACACCUUGACUGCACUUCAUUAAUGAAGUGAGAGCUGAUUGGCCGUCUGUUGCCUAAGAGCUCCUGAGGUCACUGCCGGAGACUCACAUCUGCUUUAAGUAUCAGGAAGAAUUUUCUUCAGCUGGUUAACGUAAGAAUCCUUUUUAACAGAGGGGCUUGUUUUAAUCGUGGUUCAUUCUUUUUUCAUCUUAUCAUGUGUCUUUGUUUUUUUUAGACGUUUUGAAACCUCUGGCAUUUAUGCAGAGGCCUCUGUAAAUGUCUUUGUAAAUUAUUAUGAACGCAGUUAUUUUUAAAGGGGCUUUUUUAAAAAUAGGAGUUUAUCUGCUGUACAGUCAUGCUGGAGUUUAGCUGGAUUAAUGCCCAGCUGGGAUAUGAUAAGCAAAUGUCACAUAUUCAGUGAUAACUGGCAUGCUGCGAUCAGUUGUGUGUGUGUCUGCACGUGCGCACGUGUGUUUGUGUGUGUGUGUGUGAGUGUGUGUGUGUCUGUGUGUGUGUCUGUGUGUGCGUGCACACUCGCAUGACUGCUAGUGUAUGUCUCUGUAGAGGGGGUUGAGUAAGCCAGAUAUUAUCAUCACUAUAAGUUUGGGUCUAUACCAUUCCUUUACUCUGGAAAGGGAUAUCAGUUAGGGCUGCCAAACAAGUGCAUGCAUCUAAUGUAAGGCAUGCGUACCAUACUUUCCUCUGUACAGGUAUAUAAAACCCUGGGGAAGGUCUCAUUUUACAACCUCGCAUAUUAUCAGUACAGCACAAUGCACGGCAAAUGAGAUGGACACUGCAAUAUGUUUGCUGAAUGCCGGCACCUCUGUCACUGGUUCCAGGCUCACCGGUGCCGUCCACGUUGGCUGCACACGAAACGCACAGAUCCGUGCUCUACCGUCGCACAUCAGCGACGGUGAACCUCAGUCUGAGGCUCUGUCCCUGUUGAAUGUUUCACAUGCGGUCUGGUUCCUUCUUCACAGACUGCUUUGCCUGCUAUUUAUUGAGCCACACGUGCUUAUUCGCUCAUUAGGCGUGAGCCUUUAGGGAAGUUCAGAAGCAUUCAGAUAGAUAUUGAUCUGAAUCUGAAUUAGUCAAGCCUACAGGCUACAAAUGCGAGGCAGUUUUUCAGGUUUUGGUUUGGAACCAUAUAGAACAAAGAGUCAAAGAUCAAAAUGAGUUUCUGUAGGAAUUCCAGUGGGGUACUGUCAUGACCAUAAGCAGCAAGAGCUGUUCUGCACUGCAGUCAUUCUGUGUUAAUAAGUGUUGACGUUUAUCACAUGGACAGAAUACCCAGGAACAAUACUGUAUUGUGAAGUCUUCUGUGUGAGUCAGUAACUGUAGCCAAGGAAUUCCAUUUGUGGUUUUUUUCUGUUGCUUUGUGGAAUUUUGCACUGGUUGUAAAUUAACCAAACAACGGUUUCAUUAGUGAUCUACUGAGAGCAUUCAUGUGGUCAUUCACAGUUCAGAACUCGGUGUAAUAUCCUUCUUUGAAAAGUGUAACACUUUAAAAUGGACAGAUUAAGUCUGCUGGUCAAAAUGUCUGUGAAUUGAACCCUCGUCUUAGGUUCAGAUUUUUUUUUUUCUUCCUGAAAAUCUUCUCUUGACUGUUCUCUCAGUAGUUUAAGUUUUUUUUGUUUUUAUUUUGGUAGCUGAGCAGAAACUCAGUUUUACACAAAGUUCAAAGAUUAGGAGUUGGGUGCUGGUAUUGGGGAAAGGGACUACUACUUUCACUGAUCAAAGCUCUUCAUGGAGAAAGCAUCAUUGGUAUAUUGCUUUUCCCUGGUAUAUUGCACGGGGAAUGACUCAAACGUUUCUGGAGAUAAGCAGUCAUGCUUAGUAUGUUAUGGCGAGGAGGAAAUCUGCAAUGCCAUGGGCUUAUCCCACUUCUGUACGUGUGCCACUGUAUAGGAGACUGCCUGAAGUCAGCAUAUCAGAGAACAGGUCUGCACACAACACUAGUGACCACUGUGUAGUGACUUGCAAUAGAAGUGUCCACAACUGGCUGUUUAACUUCUUUUUAACCAAAUGUGGUGUAAUACAAAAGGAGAAGAUCAUGCAGUUGUUGGGUCAGGAUUGUACAGAAUUAGGAGAGGUAUUAUACCUCCAUCUAGUGGUUGCCUAUAGCACUUUGGAAUUCAGUGUUGAGCAUUUUUUUGUUGUUGCUGACACACCUACACUUACAUCUUAAUAGAGCAUAGCACUAUCUCUGAAACCAGUUUUAGGAAGAGAAACAAAGAUGUCCGCUUUAUCUAAGAGUAGGUAUUGCUUAAUUGCUCAGCCAGUUUUGUUGAUGGGUGUUUGUUCUGGGCUUGGCCCCGCCCUGCCAGUGACCGCGUCUGUGCGUUCUCUGCGCUUUGACCCCAGUCACACCCUUUCCUCUCCUGCCUGCAGCUGAAUAGGGUGCGUGGGACCGAUGCCAAAUAGAUAGUGUCCUUACCCCGGCACUGCGUCCCGUCACAGGAAACCAAAUGGCUUGCGUUUGUGCGGUGCUCAGUCACAGCUGCGUCACCCCAUCCAGGGGCGGGGACGGGUGCUUCUGGCGACGCCGCUGUCGUGAAGAGGAAGGAGAGGCGGGCUGUGGCCGUGACGGAGCCACGGUAAGGCCAAAGGGGCCAGGGGUCCUGACAGGGGGUCCGGCUGGCCGUGUGGACUAACAGGGCACUGAGAGGGUCACAUCAGCAGCCAGCGCCCUGACAUGUUGCCAAAGAGGGCAGUACACUACUGAAUGCCCUUUAAGUACUUUUACACAAGCAAUCAUUUUGUUUCAAAAACGCAUAUGUGUAAUGGAGUUUUUUUUGUUGUUUGUUUUUUCAGUGGGACAGUGAAGAUGUAUAUAGUUUUUAAUGUCUUUUUAAAUGUGUGUACCACUUGACACUCUAGUAAGCCAACAAAAAAUGGGGGAAAAUAGCUAAAGGCAUCCUGUUUCUGUUGCGCCAUUUGAAAACCCAAAUUGGCUGUUAUUGUACCAGACAGUGUCUCAUACCAUGGCCAUUUUAAGCAUCUUUCUGGCUUUGGGGAAUGUAAGCACUUAAUGACAAGACGGUUUCUACUGCAGAUGUAAAUGUGGGUAUAAUUAGGCUCUGUCUCUCAUUUUAUUUGCCUCCACUCUGUUUGCUUGCAUUGAAGACCAUUCACUUCUGUCCUGUAGAAAUUGUUGCUAUCCAGUUGUCCGCUGUGUUUUUCAGGGUCUGCCACUGCUUUACGCAUUCGUCACAGAAAUAAGAGGAUGGAAAGCAGAUUUUUCUAGAAGGAACAGACGUAGGCUUGGGAAUCCGAUGCCUUCUCAUCCAGCCCAGCCUACCCCACACUUAACAGAUACUGUCCCAUUCAUUUGUUUGUAUGCCAUAUGUUUUGCACAUUGUGUAUAUAUUUAUAUAGAUGUAAUGCAUAUUUUUAUACAUGUGUAACGCAUCCAUGAGCUCUAUUUUGUAAAUAGUUGAAAUGGAUACACUGUAAGGUGUAUAUAUCUGCCUUUUGUGUUAAUAAAAUGGUGAUGUAUUGUGA